AUGCGAUUGGUGUUCAGCCCCAUUAUCCACUCGAUGAUCUGCCCUUUGCUUGGCGGCUUCUUUCUGGGCACGCGUGGCCUCAUCUGGCUUCUGUCGGGCAUGAAUGUGCUGGGGAUGUGCCUCAGCCUCUUCCUGAUCAACUCUGGCCAAUCUUGGGUCUCAGCAAGGAAGUACGUCCUCUUUGGUCACUUGAAGGCAGCCGACGGCACAGCCAUCGGACCCGACUCGGCUCAGUACGGCUACCUCGGUGUAGGUGAGAUGAUAGGAGGUCCCCUCGAAGACACCAGCGGCCCUGCUCUAAACAACUUUGUGAA